AUGGUACUUGGACUAGGAACGCUCAAUGUUGGAUCACUGACUGGCCGCAGCAUGGAAAUCGCAGAAAUGCUCAAGCGUAAAAGGAUUGACAUCUGCUGCCUUCAGGAGACCCGAUGGAAAUCUAAUGGUGUGUGUCAUAUAUACAGAAAUACAGAAAAAGAAAAUUAUAAACUAUUCUGGAAUAGUCAAAAGACGACCAAAAAUGCUGUUGGAAUUUUUGUCAGAGAACCGCUAGCCGAAAAAGUACUGGAUAUUAAAAGGAUUAACUCACGUCUCAUAAGCGAUCUCAAUGGCCACGUUGGAGAGAAAACAGAUGGUUUUGACAACGUGCAUGACGGUUUUGACUAUGGAGAACGGAAUAAAGAUGGCAACCGCAUCCUUGAGUUUGCUGAAAGUCACGGGUUUUGUUUACUGAACACAUAUUUUAAAAAGAGGUUGGAACGUCUCACAAUAUACAAAAGUGGACCAUCAGCCACGCAAAUUGAUUUCUUCGCUGUCAAGCAAGAGCACCGAAAGCUAUUCAAAAAUGUCAAAGUUAUACCUGGCGAAUCAUGUAAUGGCCCCUUUAUGGUACUUGGACUAGGAACGCUCAAUGUUGGAUCACUGACUGGCCGCAGCAUGGAAAUCGCAGAAAUGCUCAAGCGUAAAAGGAUUGACAUCUGCUGCCUUCAGGAGACCCGAUGGAAAUCUAAUGGUGUGUGUCAUAUAUACAGAAAUACAGAAAAAGAAAAUUAUAAACUAUUCUGGAAUAGUCAAAAGACGACCAAAAAUGCUGUUGGAAUUUUUGUCAGAGAACCGCUAGCCGAAAAAGUACUGGAUAUUAAAAGGAUUAACUCACGUCUCAUAAGCGAUCUCAAUGGCCACGUUGGAGAGAAAACAGAUGGUUUUGACAACGUGCAUGACGGUUUUGACUAUGGAGAACGGAAUAAAGAUGGCAACCGCAUCCUUGAGUUUGCUGAAAGUCACGGGUUUUGUUUACUGAACACAUAUUUUAAAAAGAGGUUGGAACGUCUCACAAUAUACAAAAGUGGACCAUCAGCCACGCAAAUUGAUUUCUUCGCUGUCAAGCAAGAGCACCGAAAGCUAUUCAAAAAUGUCAAAGUUAUACCUGGCGAAUCAUGUGAAUACGUUGCCGGCAGAUGUCGUUUCUUCAACCUCAUAUGCUCUCUUCAAAAAUCGGUUGCGAUCUCUCGAUUCAAAUAA